GUGGAAGCAGCGGCUCGACCCGGCUGCUGUUUUGUAUGCAGUCAUAAACAGUUACUACAAUAGCAACAGUUUUUUUUUUGUUUUUAGCUUUUUCAUUCACCUAUUUAUUGAGUUUUUUUCUAAACAAAUGGCUGCGACAGGACGACGGGACUCUGAGCGGGAGGGCCUGUCCGCCUCGGUGACUCAUUACGGCUCCACAGACAGCAGCGGCGAACAUGAUCUCCAGAGUAACAGUCGAGACAGCAACCAUAACAACCACAGGUUUCCCACGGCAACAGCAAGUCAGUGGGUCACGGCGGAUCAGGAAGAGGAGGCCAUCCGCAGGAAGCUGAAGUACUUCUUUAUGAGCCCUUGUGAUAAGUAUCACGCUAAGGGCCGCAAACCUUUCAAACUGAUCCUGCAGCUGCUCAAGAUCAUAAUUGUCACAGCUCAGUUAGUGCUGUUCGGCCUCAGCAACCAGGUGGUGGUGACGUUCAAGGAGGAGAACACUAUGACCUUCAAGCACCUCUUCCUCAAAGACUACGAUGAGUCCUCAGACGACUCUUUUGCUGUUUACACACAGCAGGACGUCUACGACAACAUCUUCUACGCUGUGGAGCAGUAUCUGUCCCUACCGGAGACAUCAGUGGGACGCUACGCAUAUGUCUACAAUGUUGGCGUGAACGGCAGCGCGCUGUCCCUCUGCCAGCAGUAUUACAAGAAGGGAGACAUCGACCCAGCCAACGACACGUUCAGGAUCGACCCUCAGGUCCUCACAGAGUGUGUAGGUGUGAACCCUCUGUCAGUCCCUCCAGCUCCACUCACCAACAGCUACAAGAACUUUACACUCGAGUUCCACAGGCUGAUAAAUGUGACCAUACAGUUCCAGCUGAAGGCGAUUAAUAUACAGACCAUCAUCAACCAUGAGAUCCCAGACUGCUACACGUUUUACAUCACAAUAGUUCUGGACAACAAGGCUCACAGUGGCAAAGUGAAGAUCCAGUUAGAAAACCAGGCAUCAAUAAAGGAGUGUCGAAAUCCGAGUGUCUCCGGACAGGUUGGGAACUAUACACGUGUAGCGUUUGAUGUCACUGUGGCUCUGGUGUGUACGCUGUCACUGCUGCUGUGUGGGCGCUCCAUACUGAGAGGCAUCAUGCUGCAACAGGAGUUUGUGCAGUUCUUCAGGGAGACUCUGGAUCGUAAGGUGUGCUGGGCAGACCGGCUUGAGUUCAUUAACGGCUGGUAUAUUCUCCUAAUCGUCAGCGACAUCCUCACCAUCACCGGCAGUAUCAUCAAAAUCGGCAUUGAGUCUAAGAAUUUCUCCUCCUAUGACCUCUGUGGCAUCCUCUUAGGAACCUCCACUCUCCUGGUGUGGGUGGGAGUCAUUCGCUACCUCACAUUCUUCCAGAAGUACAAUAUCCUGAUAGUAACACUUCGAGCAGCUUUCCCCAACGUGAUUCGGUUCUGCUGCUGCGUGGCUGUCAUCUAUCUGGGCUACUGCUUCUGCGGGUGGAUCGUCCUGGGACCGUACCAUGUCAAGUUCCGCUCUUUGUCCAUGGUGUCGGAGUGUUUGUUCUCCCUCAUCAACGGGGACGACAUGUUCGUGACGUUCGCGGAGAUGCAGGAGAGCAGCACUCUGGUGUGGCUCUUCAGUCAGGUUUACCUGUACACCUUCAUCUCCCUCUUCAUCUACAUGGUGCUGUCUCUGUUUAUCGCUCUCAUCACCGGAGCUUACGAGACCAUCAAGCACCAAACCCAAGAACCCAUCCACAUUACGGACCUGCACGCCUUCAUAGCAGAGUGUACGGAUGCACCAAGCUCUGGGAAGUUCAGGGGUCUGGAAACCUCGCCGUGCUCCUUCUUCUGCUGCUGUGACAGAACAACAACAUAUGAAGAUGUCCUGCUGGUGAACUGAAGUUGACCUCAACGACCUCAAACGCCUCACUCGCCCCCCCUGCUGGCCAACAGGGAACACUCGCACACUCCUGACAGCACUGUGUCUGCAUCAGUGUACUGAAUCUGGGUCAAAGCUCUGAAAAGGGGGGGAGUCGCCAUCAGCCGGACCAGCGCUCCACAGCCUUCUUAUCGGACCUCUUAUUUUUCUUUGACUCUUUGGAGAAGGAGCUGUGAGCCGAGGAAGGGCCGGACCUUAACUCUGUAUUAAUGGGACGCAACGUGGGCGACUAGCGCACAGACAUUUCUCUAGUCUCCUGUUUGUUUUAAGACAAAAAAUACAGUAUUUUUUUCGAUGCACAAUGCUGAAGCAGCAGCACGGCCUGUUGUUAAGAGACCAGGUGAGCCAUAGUGAUGACUGCAGCACUGCACACUCGGUGCCGACUCUUUUUUAUUUUUCCUUUUAUAGAAUUUCACUACAAUUACCUCCUAAGAACAAGUGAAGUCUUUCUACACCUCUCAGACCAUAUUUACCGUUUUCUUGCUCCCAACUAAUUGAUUCCAAACAAUAUAAUGUCCCUUAAAACUGCAGGAAUCAAGACGGGGCAAGACGUUUGUAGUAUUCUGUCUCGUUUUUAGACAAUCAGAUAGCAUUCAGAGAUAUAUUGGACCACACAUAGACGUCCGAUGUGAGAUUUCAGACGUGGAAUCGACUUGUUUUUAUAUUUAAAGUUUCAAACAGCGUCUUUAGCUGCAUCACUUUGCCUUCAAAUGUGGAUUCUUAGUUUAGUUUUUUUUAUUGCUGCACUUUGUUGCUCUGGUGAAUUGUGUGAUGUGAUGCUUUUAUCUCGGUAAUGAUCAGCGUAAUGGGAUGCACUCAUUCACUAAUGAAGCACUCAGCGUUGCCUGUGGUUGGCUACGACAAGGCAAAGCUGCUCUCCUGACCCGUGUUUCUUUAAUGAUGUCGAAGUAUUAUCAAGAAAAUCCGACUUUGUUCUUUGUGCAGAAGUUAUAAAUGUUACCCCCUCGUCCUCUCCAUUUAUGGACAACACUGACGGCCGUUAACAAACUGCAUCUGACGUGUUUUCCCUGGAACAAAAAAAAAAGAAUGGACUUGAAGGAAACAGAAUAACGUCCUGUCAUAGUAACUCGCAGAGCUUUUUAGUCUUUCGCUGUUUUAGUAAUGAUGAUGCCUUGUCGAAAACUGUUGCCUUUUCGUGGAAGCUUGAAUAAUCCAGAUUUUACUUUUCCUUGUACCGCAUAAAACGCACAGUAGUUAAAAGAGUCUGAAGAGAUGAUCUCUGCUCCAAUCAGGAACGCAUUAACGAAGUGUGAGACGGCAGUAAUUUUUCAGUCAUCUCAUAUUCUGUCUGAUAGAUAAGCUAAUCACUGUCAUAUUGAAGCCAAAAACAUCAAAUAGAAAAUUGGAUUUAGAUGCCAAACGUAUCCACGGCCUUAACUUUAAAUGGUAUGACGUGUAUGAUGUUGUCUUGUAUGACCAAGAUGUACCUUCCCUACUGUUUGAUGGUGUCAUGUUGUUGUUGUUUUUUUAAUACACAAAUUGUCUGCACUUGAACUGUACUUGAGAGAGUUAAGAUAUACUGCCAAACAACAGAUUAAAGCCUCCCAGGUCAUCUUUGAUAUUAAAACAGUUUUAUGAUGUCUCCA